AUGUGGCAAGAUAUCGAGACCGUGAUCCUCGGAGUCGGCCCGCCCAUGCACGCCUACAUCAUGGACAACCAGUCGUGCGCCGCCAGCAGCGACGCUUCCCCCGGUAGCAAGGCGGGCGUGUUCGGCCCGGAGCCCGAGUGCGGGCUGCCCUCGGCCGUCGACGGGUCGCACUACGACGAGCCGGGCCUGGGGGACCAGCAGGUGCCCGUGGUGUCCCACGGCGCCUUCCUGCUGCCCUCUGCGGCGGGCAAGGACGAGCAGCACGCCUCGCCCAAGAGCGAGCCCGCCUCCUUCUACUACGCCCAGGCGGGCAGGAUCAAGAGCGAGGGCGUGCUGGAGCACUUGUAUGCGCACCGGCAGAUCAGCCCCGGGUACUCGUACCCGCCCGGCAUGCAGCACUUCUGCUCGCCGGCCUACGGCAUGCAGCAGGGACCACCCGCGCCCGGGCACAUCCCCUUCGGCCAGAUCUCGCCGCCCGCCACGCCGGAGAACUGCGGCGGCUUCUACCACCACUCCCCGGGGCAGGCGUACGGAGACCUUUACCACCACCCGCGCCAUCAGCACCACCACGUGCCCGCCUCCAACUUCAAGAUCCUGACCCCGCCGUCAUCGCCGCACCUGUCGGGUCACCAGCCGGGAGCCUUCCUGGGGCCUCUGGCCAGGCACGGACCCUCCCUGCCGCCGCCAACCGCCCAGCAGCCCGCCCCCAGCAAGCCCCGGCGGCGGCGCAACUGGAGUCGCAGGAAGGUCAUCGUGCACACUUGCUCGCAGCCGGGCUGCGGCAAGACCUACACCAAGUCGUCGCACCUCAAGGCCCACCUGCGCACGCACACGGGCGAGAAGCCCUACCAGUGCGGCUGGAAGGGGUGCGGCUGGAAGUUCGCGCGCUCCGACGAGUUGACGCGCCACUACCGCAAGCACACCGGCGACCGGCCCUUCCAGUGCCGCCUGUGCGAGCGGGCCUUCUCGCGCUCCGACCACCUCUCGCUGCACAUGAAGAGGCACCUCACCAUGUAG